GUUCUGACGAGAGUACGCGGGCGAUGAAUCACACUAUCCUUUAUCAGACGCAACCCAAUAGCUUUGCAGCAACCGUCGCGACUUCAUCGUCUUCAUCCUUUAUCUCUCUCAACGCUCCAAACCCUAAUUCCAGAUUCACGGCGAAAAAUCACAACUCCGAUUGCGAUGGAAGGACUCGGAAUCGACGGAGCGUCGGUGACGACGCCGGUGGCGCAGUGGAAGAGAGAUUUCUCGAGAGCGUUCCAGUACUAUCUGGAUCGGUCGACGCCUCACACGCUUCACAGGUGGCUAGGAACCCUAGCAGUGGCGAUGAUCUACAUUCUGCGCGUCUACUAUGUCCAGGGCUUCUAUGUGGUCUCGUAUGGGCUCGGAAUCUACGUCUUGAACCUCUUGAUCGGGUUCUUCUCGCCCAAGGUUGACCCGGAGCUUGAGGCUUUGGAUGGGGCUUCGUUGCCUACCAAAGGUGCCGAUGAGUUCAGGCCUUUCGUUCGCCGCCUCCCGGAGUUUAAGUUCUGGUAUUCCAUCACAAAGGCUUUCCUUAUUGCAUUUGUCAUGACCUUCAUUUCUGUACUGGAUGUGCCUGUUUUCUGGCCAAUAUUGUUAUGCUACUGGAUUGUGCUAUUUGUACUCACAAUGAAACGACAGAUCCUACACAUGAUCAAAUACAAAUAUGUCCCAUUUGAUAUUGGAAAGCAGAGGUACACUGGAAAGAAGUAGCCUGGAUAGAAGCACUCUCUCAACAAAUCUAAACACAUAUCCCAGAGAAAUGCUCUCGGUUUGUUGACCUUGUGUCAAAGCAAAAUGAUAACUUUGGGAUCUUAAAUACGCUUUUGAAGGUAAUAUUGUUGGUGCAUUUGUAACAUUGGUUAGAUUCUCUAGUUUAGGAGAAAUGGAUGACAGGUCUUGAAACACAUCUAAUGUUUAGGAGUAUUAGUGUUGUGUAUGCACUUACGGGGGUUAUGCACCCAAUGUUUGUGUGUUUUGUUGUAAGCAAAUUCUGAAGCAUCAUAACUUCUUCACAAUUCAGAUUCGUGCCUUUGAUGUGUUUUCAUUAUUAAUAUUAUUUCACCUGCCUUUUAUUGUUCGUAAAUAAAAAUAAAAAUAACAACUGCCGGCC